AUGAAGACCAACACAAUUGCUACGGCGUUAGCGCUGGGCGCAGGUCCUUCGCAAGUAUUGGGACAGGCUCUCUCGGUCGAUAUCAUUGACAAAAUGGGGAAUAACACCCUCUUUUCACGAUGGAGGCCAACUUCUCAUUUCCUUGCUCCUGCAGGAUGGAUGAACGACCCCUGUGGACCGAUGUAUGAUCCAGUUCGAGGUCUCUACCACUUGCACUACCAAUUCCACCCUAACCAUGUUAACUGGGGCAAUAUCUCUUGGGGACACGCAACAUCCCCCGACCUCAUUACAUGGACUGACGUCGACCAUCUUCCCAACGACGGAGUUCCUGCUUGGAAGGACGACCAGGCGCAAUCAAUUGGCACCACCAAUAUGACUAGCAACCACAACCCAUCUCUAUACAACCACCUGGGUAUUUUCUCGGGAACCUCCCAACCAGUGAACCUUACUGGUGGAGUUGACGGCACGUUCUUGACCUUCUACACGGCUGUAUCUCGUCUCCCUACUUCAUGGAAUUCGCCGUAUCUCACUGGUACCGAAAGUCAAGGUCUUGCCUUCUCUACCGAUGGCGGAGUUACAUGGGAGCAAUACGAGAAUAAUCCAAUUCUCUCUCAUCCUCCCGCCGGUUGGAACAUCACCGGCUGGCGUGAUCCCUUCUUCGAGCCCUGGCCACAGAUGGAUGCGUUCCUCAACCUGUCAGAGCCUCACUGGUAUGCUGUCUUUGGUUCUGGAAUCAAAGAAGUUGGUCCUCGCAUGCCUCUUUACCGUGCUCCAGCUUCGGACCUCACCAACUGGACCUUCUUGGGAGCUCUCUGGGAGCCGGAGAAGAACAGUACUCUUGGUUCUCUUGAGGAAACUGGUACUUACGGGUUUAACUUUGAGCUUUCAAACUUCUUCUCGAUUGGCGACCGGUACUUUGUUAGUAUGGGCGCCGAGGGUGGCAAUGUCAGCUUCCACCAGCAAAAGUGGUCUCUCUGGAAUGAGGGAACUCUCUCCCUAAGGGCGAAUGGAAGUGUUGCUUUCAAUCCCGUUGCCGGCGGUGCAAGCGACUGGGGUCUUCUAUACGCGUUGACUACUUUCAACGAUACCAAGAACAACCGCCGAAUCCAAUGGGGCUGGGCUGAAGAGGACAUGAACAACUAUGCAAUCACACAGCAAGGCUACCAAGGAUCACUCGCAUUGCCUCGAGAAAUCUUCAUCAAAGACACGCCCAACGUAAUUCACAGCCUUACAAACACUACUGCCGGAAACGCACGCUACUUCGCCAAUGCAAAUGGCACCUGGACCGCAAGCACACUCGGUGUCCGCCCAGCCCCCGACGUCGUUGAGGGCCUCCGUCGCGGAUCCAACCACACAAGCUACCCAUGCAACAAGAACCAAUGCAACAUCAAGAACAUCACUCUGCCCUCCAAACUAUCCAACUCAUACCAGCUAGACGUGGACAUCAAACACACGACCGGAAUCGCCGGAGUAACAAUCGCCGCAUCGCCCAACCGCGAAGAAUACACAAACAUCUUCUUCAACCCCUCCAACAACAGCAUCGCCGUGGACCGCAGCCACUCGUCGCUGAUCACCAUGUUCACCAACUCCACACACGAGGGCUACUUCAAGCCCUACACCUUCCGAGAAAAGAACGGCAAGAAUACCACCGAAUCCAUCCAGAUGAGCAUCUUUGUUGACGGCUCGCUGGUCGAGGUGUACGUUAACGAGCGCUUCGCUCUUACUACUCGCAUCUAUCCCAGUCGGGAAGAUAGUACCGGGGUUACGCUGUACUCGGCUCCGGGUGCGAAGGUGGAGUACUCGAAGAUCGAGAUCUGGGACGGUCUGUUAAAUGUCUGGCCUCACAGGCCGGAGAAUAGCAGCUCGCUUCUUGUGUUUGAUACUGCCGCUGAGACGGACAAUUACACUUGGUGGACAGGGAACUAA